AUGAAGCAAUCACAUAAGCAUUCAAGUCAAUCAGAAGUUAGCAUGGCUUUUUCAGUAGGCAUGGAGUCAAGAUAUAUCUAGUAUUCUGGUUAGAAAAAUCAAAGAAGACAAGAAACCGACAACAUCACUAAAGAUAUGCAGCUUUCUAAAAAUACUAAAAUUUAGUCGAACUAAUAAAACAGAGGAGGAAGUCAAGAUACAAAUGCAAGUCUUAAGAGUGAAAGAUCCUCAUAGAACUUUUAUAAGUUCCAGUGCAAACUUAAAUAGGAUUUGAUCAAAUAUCAGUAAGACGUAGCCAAUCAUUUGGAAGAAGUAUCAGACGAUGAUAUUAAAUCCUAUGAGGAAACAAUCAAAGCCUGUCUUUUACAGUCAACCACUACCCCUAACAAUUGCCAAGGUGGAAUAGAGAAGGAUCAUUAUGCCUGGAGAUAUAGAGUAAUAAUAGCCAGAGAAGUAGAAGAACUAGAUCCAACCAAUUCAAGCAGAUCUAAUUUGUCAUCAACUGAGGAAAUGAAAGUCAAGUUUGGAGCCAAAGAGUUCAUUGAAUAAUACAAGGUGGCAUCUAGCUAUUCUCAGUCCACUUCUGGAAUGAGUUAUUCCUCUGAUUAACCUUUCAUGGAAUACAGCUAGAGAUCUGACUUCGAGAAACUUUCAGGAAGUUAAAUUUCUUAAAGUUCUUCAAAUUCUAAGUAAUCCAGAUAUUCUAAUUAAUAGCAAGCUUUUACUCUUGAAGAAAGUAUCAUUUUGCCAAGUACUGAUUCUUAGUGCACUAUUUUGUACUCAACAUAAAAUUCACAAGCUAGUGCAUUAAAGAUAUCCUAGAUAGCUAAGAUAUUAUCAACUGGAGGUAAGAGAACCUUUAAUUAGAAAUAGAAGCUGGAUAAGUCUUGCAUUUCUAAUGAUGCAUAAUUGGAGAUGAGAUAGAUAUUAGAGAAAGGAAGUGCAGAGGUUAAGAUACCAGAGAGCAAGGAAGAAUUAGAGGAUAAAUUUCAGAGUCUUUUUGUAAGAGCUCACUUUCCUACUACUCCUUGCUGGCCUUCAACUUUCAUUGAUGAGGGAGUUAAGCAACCUUUUGAAUAGUCAUCUACAAUGAUAAAUAAUGAUGUACCUUUGAUAUUUGCUAAGAAGAAGAGGUACCCAUUGGAUAGGAAAAAGAGAGUUAAAGUAUUGUUGGAGCAUAAUAUGAACUACAAGACGAGGUACAAUAUAGCUAGAGAUCAUUUGAAAUUCUAGUUGUACACUGAUGAUGAGAUCGGGUUUCCUUCAGAACAAUUCACAGAUCUGAUUCAUGAUAGCCAUGCAGAUGAGGAUUGCGAUUCUGAUGAUGAUGUAUUGCUGAAGUGUAAUAGACUUUGCAAGAGAGACCUUCUGGAGUUACUGAAGAUGAUGAAUGAAAUGAAAAUGGCAAGAAUCUUCACUAAAUAUGUUCACAACUUCAGGAAUUUUGUAAUUCCUCUCCAGAAAAGAAGAUUAGGUGGCUAGAAAUUCAUAAACUAUUGA